AUGAAUGAUCAAUCACUAGAAAUAGUUGCUACUGAUGAAGUAGGACAUAUGAAUUUUGUUGACAAUGAGCAAAAUACAAAUUUUGAAACCGAUUCAAUACAAUUAACGUUAGAAACAAUAAACGAAGAUGAAGAAAAUUUAGUAAGCAAAGAUUCAACAAUAGAAAGACACUCAGGCGACGUUAAUGAAAAUGAUAUUAGGCAAAGAGCUGUAAACGAUUUAUCUGAAGAAAAAAAUGUAAAUCCUAUAGCUGUGACUGAUCGGAAACCAACGAGACCAACAAGGAAGAGGAGUUAUCAAUUGCGUGCUUUG